AUGAUAUACUGCCCUUGUGAAACAUGCCCUCACAGGAUGUUCAAGUCCUGGGACGAUCUUCUACAGCACUUGAAUGAUCCAAACACUGGUUGUCUGCCUGUAAUCAAUACAAAUGGAGGAUGUACUGAUCAUUCUGGAUAUCAUUACCACCCAUUAUCUGGAUAUACCUAUGGUACUGAUCUGAACAUCCUGGAGCAGAUGCAAGCAGGCAAAUUUGCCAAAGAUUGCAAAACCAACUGUUACUAUCCAUUUGUAGAUCGUGAUGAAUUGGAACUUGCAAGAUUUCUGUGCGAGAACAUGAAUCAGAGUGAAAUCAAUCGCUUCCUCAAACUACCAUGGAUUUGCAAACACUCUCCUUCAUUUACUUCAUCAUGUAUGCUAUUUUCCUGGAUUGAAGCUUUACCUAGUGGCCCUCGAUGGAAAGUACAAGAGAUGAAGCUGGAAGGCUUUCCAACUAAAAAGCCAUUAAUGCUUCUAUGGAGGGAUGGUCUCGAAGUUGUUCAGCAUCUAUUCUCCAAUCCUGUUUUUGCUAAUAACGUGGCCUUUGAUCCAAAGGCAGUCUAUGCUACAAAUUUUGACUUCGAACUAGAAAAACAAUAUGGUGAAUUUUUUACAGGUAAUUAUGUAUGGGAGUGUCAGGACAGAUUACCUGUAGGCGCAACAUUAGUGGGGAUUAUUGGAGCCUCAGAUAAGACUAUGGUCACAAGAGGAACCGGGGGCUUGGAGAUGCACCCGAUAUUCUUCACUAUCGGGAAUAUUAACUCACAGGUCAGAAUGAAGGCGACGUCUCACGCUUGGAUUUGCGCUGGUUUCCUGCCAAUCCCAAAGUUCAACAGAAACUCUGAUAUUGCAACCCUGUUGUCCUCGCGGGUCUACCAUGCUUGCAUGGACAAAAUCACCCAUAGGUUGAAAGAUUGUGCUAGGAAUGGUGCAUUUUUUACCGAUCCAUUUGGACAAGUACAACACACAUACACCCCUCUUGUUGUGUGGAUAGCCGAUCUUCCUGAACAACAACUCAUUGCAUGUGUUGCCAAAAAUUCUUCCCCCGUAACUCUGGCCAGCCUGAAACAGUUUGGCGAUGCAGAAACAUACCCUUCCCGUCAUGAGGCGAAGAAGAUCGGACUAAGUGGCGUAUACGAAGCUUUUUGGCGUGACUGGGCGCACUCCAACCCGGCUACAUUCAUUGUCCCUGAAAUUCUCCAUACUUGCCAUAAAUUCUUCUUUGACCACAUCCUUGUCUGGUGUAAGGAGAUCAUGGGAAAACCAGAGCUAGACGCUUGCAGAGAGCAUUGGGAUAUACAACGCAGCAUAGUAGCUGUUAUUUGUGGCCGCGCAUCUCCCACAUUCCUUCGCGUCAUCCGUGCUAUGAUAGACUUUAUCUAUCAGGCCCAAGCUCCAGUACAUAGUGCCGCUUCUAUUGUAGCGUUGGAAAUGACGCUUGGCGAAUUCCACAGGGAAAAGGAUGCCAUCUUGCAAGCAGGGGUUCGAAAAGGGAAGAAUGGUCCCUUCAAGCUCUUCUGGAUACCGAAACUGGAGCUAAUGCAAAGUUUUGGUCGCGCCAUUCUACAGAUGGGUUCUAUCAUGCAGUAUACCACUGAUGUCACUGAGCGCUUACUCAUCACUCACUUUAAGCAUCCAUUUAGCAACGGCAAAAAUCACCGCAGCGACUUCGAGCUGCAGUGUGCUCGUAUUCUUGAUUGGCUGGAGAGGAUUCAAUUAUUUCAUAUACUUACUUUACUCCUUUCACAUGGACUCAGCCUGAUGAACACUUUAGUGGAGGCGGAGGAGGAGACAAUCUUUUUUGAGAUGAACCCAGAGGAUGAAUGGAUAUCUCGUGUGCUUCCCGAAGAGAAGAGUAUUCAAGGUAUUCGCACUGCGCAGAAUCUCUUCUUGAAAGGGAUACUUUCAGAGGACUGUCGAGCAGCCUUCCAUACCAACAGUGCCCCAGAUCUCCCCAAAGUCUCUAUCAACCAAGCGGCGCAAAAAUUUGGCCUCAAAGACUUUUUCAUUCGGUAUGCCAUAGCAAACGGUGACCGUGGCGAUGCACUCUCUUUCAAUGAUGUUCAUGUCUGGUUCAAAUUCAGGAUUCAGCUUUUUUCUGUUCACCGACCAAAGUCAGUGAUGUCUCCUCAGAUGGUGCAUGCUCAGCCGCCCUCUCCUUCUGCUCUAUAUGGUAGCUGCGAUCCGGUGCUAGUGAACAAGAUAUUUGAUGAGAAAACAGUUUCCGAAGUUGCCCAAGUUCGAAUGAUUUUUCAGCCGGUCUCUCAAAAAGGUGGUGCAGAUCUUCCAAUAUGGCUAAAAGAAACGCUCUUAUACAUCCAGAAUUUUGACUUCACGUGGAGAGGUAGGGAUGAUAUGGUGCUGGAGGAACCGGACAUCAACAUGUAUCUUGUUGAGAGAAGCUUUUCGUCCGUGUUAGAUUCCAGUGGACAAAGAAUGCGUGCAGGGGAAAUCAUUCCACUUGUUAGUGUAUCACAUGCGGUCGGCUUAAUCCCUCAUUUUGGUCAUACCAUAGACCCACAGCUCACCAUGAACAAUUCACUCAAGAUUCCAAUAUUUUUUUACCUGAAUCACUAUGCAGACAAAGAGCUUUACCAGACAUUGUUGUAA